UGCUGCGUGUGCGGGAGAUACGCAAUUGCGUUUUAAAUUUUUCGCGGAGCGUAGGCAGCGCAAAUUAUUCAGAUUGUGCAGUAAUUGUGUGGAACUGAAGAGGAAGACAAUUUUCGCUGUUGAAUUAUUGCAGCCAGCCUUGGAGGCAUCCAACUAAGGCAUAAAACGCUGACAACUUCAAAGGCAUCAGCAGAAACGUAACCCCAGCCGUAAUCGUAACCGUAACCGCAACCCUCCACUUCAACCAGAGUUCAAGCAAAGGCAGGGAGGCUGAAGCCGAAGGCAUUGACAAUGGCUGACGAGUAUAUACCAGAUGUCAGCGUCAUGGAUACAAUUGUGCCCGCCAUUCUGGGACUUACGGCGGCCGCUGUGCUCUCGAUGGUUGCCUGCAUCUGUGCCAAGCAGAUGCGCAUACGCAACAAGAAGCAGAACCAUCAUGACGCCUCGUUCCCAUUCCAGCCGACCCGACGUCCGACCGCAGUUCGUUCGCCGAGCGGUCAGCCACCGCAUUAUCUAAAGAAAUCGCCCUCGCCCACGGGUGGCAAGCAGAUGGGUCUGCUCUCGCCCAUGCAGGAUCAAUCGACAUCGCCGACAGCGCCACCAACAUUGAAAUAUGUCGAGGAGGAUGAGGUGCCAGUAAUUCCGGCUCCGAACAAGCUUCACGUGGUGGACAACAGCAGCAGCCAAAAGCAGCAUCAUUCCCCGGUGGAGACCAUUGCGAACGGCAAUGUGACCAUCACCCUGGAUAACGGACUGACCAACGGCAAGGAGGUGACCGUGGUCGAUCAAUAUGGCAAGCUGGGCACCAUUUACUUCAAGCUACGCUAUCUGGCUGAACGCAAUGCUCUCAUGGUAUCGAUCAUACGUUGUCGGGGAUUGCCGUGCAAGGGCGGACAGAGCGGAACCGGAGACAUACCCACGGGCAUGAAUGGACGCACCCAGGCUGCCACCGAUCCGUAUGUGAAGCUGCAGUUGUUGCCCGACAAACAGCACAAGGUGAAGACACGCGUGGUGCGCAACACCCGGAACCCGGUCUACGACGAGGACUUCACCUUCUACGGCCUGAACAUGAACGAUCUACAGAACAUGUCGCUCCACUUUGUCAUACUCAGCUUCGAUCGUUAUUCGCGCGACGAUGUCAUUGGCGAGGUGGUCUGCCCACUAUCCUCCAUUGAGAUUGGCGACAUAUCGAAGGAGGCCCUGUCCAUUAGCAAGGAGAUUCAGCCACGCAGUCUAAAGAUACGCGCCCAGGGACGUGGGGAGCUGCUGAUCUCAUUGUGCUGGCAACCAGCGGCCGGUCGCUUGACCGUCGUCCUCUUGAAGGCCCGCAAUUUGCCACGCAUGGAUGUCACCGGUCUGGCUGAUCCCUAUGUGAAGAUCUAUUUGUUGUACAAUGGCCAGCGCAUAGCCAAGAAGAAGACACAUGUUAAGAAGCGUACGCUGAGUCCCGUAUUCAAUGAGAGUUUCGCCUUCGAUAUACCAGCAGCUGAGGGCACCGGCGCCACUCUGGAGGGCGUCUCACUGGAGCUGAUGCUACUCGAUUGGGAUCGCGUGACCAAGAAUGAGGUAAUUGGACGCUUGGAGCUGGGAGGGCAGAACUCGAGCAGCACCGCUUUGAAUCAUUGGAAUGAAGUUUGCAACUCACCGCGUCGUCAGAUUGCCGAGUGGCACAAACUGAACGAGUAAGGGGGUUAUCAUCCAAAGAGGGAGAAAAAUAGAGAGCGAAAAUAGGGAGAGAGAGUUGGUGUCGGCGCCGGCGCUGGCGGCUGUAGCGAUUGGAGAGCGUAAGGUUCUGUUCUUAAUUUGAUAAAAUGAUAUCUGAUCCGGUUAGUUUUCAAUCCACACGAUUUUCAUUUUUGUGUUUGGUUGCUUUUCCCACGAGGGCAACGCUAAAAGAAAUUUGUGAGCCAUAUAAGUACUAUAUACACAAAACCAAAACAAUACAUAUACGAGUAUGUGUAUGAGUUGAGGAAAAGGAAAGAAUAAAAAAUACAGACAGAGCUACAACUACAUAAGUAAAUUAAAUGUAUUAGAAAAUGUUUAGUACGUAACAAUGCAUCUAAAUGUAAGAUAAUUGAGAAUACAUAUAAAUAUAGCAGAUAACCAGAAAUAUGCAGAUAUUUGCGAAUAAAAGUGAAAGCGUUUAAGUUGCUGUAAAAAAUCAUAAUUGGCUUGAUUUCAAUCCAUCGGCUUAUAAUUAGUUUCCGUUGCGGCACAAGCUAUUAAGUAGUACUUAUGGUUAUCAUACGCUUCAGACAUCGAUGUUGCAUUCAAUCCAUAUUUGUAUUCAAAGUAUGCCCACCCUGAUAAAGACAUUUACAUAUUGUAUAUGAUUUCUUUAUUAAAGCAAAACCAAUUUACGUAUGUAAGAUACUAAGUAUAUAGAAACUUAAGGAAUAAGCCUCCAUUUCUGUAUCAUUGUUUAAAGCCUAAUUGUUUGAUUGUAAAAAAAAGAAACCCAAUUGAAAUAAGCAGACAAACUACUCAACACUUUCCAAAUCCCAAAACACCAAAAACUAAUCAAAUACGCAUCAGUCUAGAUUGAAGAUAAUUAAUUAAAAGUAGAGAGAAGAAAUAAAAACAAAAAAUACACGCAGAAAAUGCUUAGGCACCAGAGAGCUACAAAAUAAAGAAAAAACAAAAACAAAAGCCCCAAUUGAAAGCAACCAAAAGAAUUAUAUAACUAACGUACGUACAUACAUAAAUACCCAUAUACAUACAUGCAUACAUACAUACUACAAGUAUAUACCACAUACCAUAUAGAGAUAAAGCGUAAAUGUAAAGCUCAAAUAAAAGCAAAAGGCAAAAUGCAAUAAGAUAAAUUAUUUUAAUCACUAAGUACAUCAAUUCCGAAAAUUCAAAACCAAAUAACAACAAAAUGAGGAUUUAAAAGCGAGAUUUAGGGCGAACAUAACCAAUGUACUGAACGAACUAGCAAUUAUUUCUGAAACUUAUUAUAAACCCUGUCGAGUAAAACACCAAUUUCAGUUUUUCAAUAAUUUUGUAAAAUGUUGAAAACUAACUAACCUACUAAUGCAAAAAGUUGAACCAAAUCAUAACUACCUAAAUAUUCUCAAACAUACUAUAAUAGGCGUGUAUAGCUGAUAUAUUAUAUAACAUAUACCCAGCCGUAUGUGAGCAUAACCGAUACCAAUACAACUUCAAUUCGUCUGCAUACAAUAAUUCGAGGAAGUUAGCGAUAUAGUCGAGGGUUUUAGAGAACAAUGAUGAUGAUGAUGAUGAGAUAAACAUAUAGAAGAUAUACAUUAGAAAGUGAAGUAUACAGAAAAACACCCACACACAUAUACAUACAUAUGCGUAAUGUAGAAAUUGUAAUAAAUAUAAAAAAUAUUUGUAAGCAACAUCAAAUGGUUUAUUUCA